UAUUUAUGGUCUGGGAGUUUAGGCAUCGCAAAUUAUCGAGCACAAAUAUCCCGAGGAAAUCGACUAACGAUGUCAGAAUACCUUCCUGAAGAAAUUAUCAUCCAAAUUCUUCUUAGGCUUCCCGUCAAACCUUUGAUUCAGUUCACCUGUGUCUGCAGAUCUUGGAACUCCAUCAUUAAACACACUAGCUUCAUCAACAGACACCUCAACGUUAACCAAAACAAAACCAGCAAUAAUACCCCUUCCAUCCUCCUCAGGCACUGCCCCCUCAAGGACCCCACAGUUGAGCAGUAUUCUCUACAUUUAGACGAUGACUCCUUCCUGGAACACUCAAAGCCACAGCUUCCAGUUCAGAGCUUCAACGAGUGUUUCCGAGUUGUGGGCUCCUGCAACGGAUUACUUCUCCUCUCCGACGAUUACCUUACAGAAACCAACACUUUUAUUCUAUGGAACCCCUCAAUAAGGAAGUUCGUCUCACUUGCAAAGCCUCAUGCACCAACCUCCUCAUGUUAUUCUAUUUGCGGGUUCGGCUUUGAUUCGAAGAAAAAUGACUACAAGGUAGUGAAACUGGUGUAUCUCCGCCAAGAUGAUCAAGGCCAAGCUUGCCCUGAAAUUGGGCUUUAUUCACUAAAUUCAGGGUCUUGGACAACCAUCACAGCAACUGCUCCUAAUUACGUCAUCGCUCAGACAUUUUGGUCUCAAGUUUUUGUUCAUGGAGCUGUGCAUUGGAUUGCGUCUCGUCGAAAAGAAAAUGGACUCCGCAAUGUAAUUUUGUCAUUUGAUGUGAGUGAUGAGACUUUUAAAGAGAUCGAGUUGCCAGAAGAUUUAGCUUGUGUGUUACCGACCAAGUACAUGGCCAUUUCAGCUGCUGGAAAGUCUAUUGCUGUGAAGAACUAUGAUCAAAACAUACAUAGUGUUUGGAUUAUGAGAGAGUAUGGGGUGGUGGAUUCAUGGACAAAGAAAUUCUCCAUUGAUACACAUGUCAUCCCGAAUUUCCGAGUUGUACAGAUUAUGGGGUGCAGGAAGAAUGGCGAGUUUCUGUUAGAAAUGUAUGACCAUGGAAGGAAGACUGGAGAGUUGGUCUCUCAUGAUCCUGAGAACAACAGAAAUGAAUUUCUAGGAAUUCAUACAGAUCCAGGGUAUUCAUGUAUUGAAUAUUACACGGAGAGCCUAGCUUUACUCGAUAGAGCAAGCGAGGUGAUGCACAUUCCAUGAAAGAGGAAGAAAACGAAGAAUCGUUGAAAAGUAGCUAGGUGCCAUAGCUUUCAUUUUUUGUUUCGUGAUAUAUUAUACUGUAUAAAUCCUCAUAGAAUUAGGGUAUCUUUGUAUGUGUUUGUCUCUCGAUGAUGAGAUCGAGCUUCUGCUCCACUACGGUGGUAGAGUUUUCAUCUGUCUACAUGUGAGUUUAAGAAGGGGGAAGAUCAGGGAAAGUUAUCUU